AUGGAAAGUCGAUGGUGGGAGAAAGAAAUUAAGGUCGAGGAUAAUCGUGCAGAAUUUACCCAAAUACGUGAAAGAGGAUCGACUUGGAGAUGUGUUUUCACAGAAGGGAGAAAUCACAGACGUUCAAUUGAUGCGUUCCAAAUUGCUGGUAGAAUUGGUGAUGAUAAUACUCCUCGUCCUUGGAGCCGUCGUCAAGAGAAAGAUAACAAAAUUGGUGUUAAAUCUUCUAGUAAAAUCUCAAAACAUGAUUAUGCUAAAGGAGCCAAAAGGAUUCAGAAGAAACCAGAGGUUGUUGAUCCUGUUGCGUUUCAAGCAUUUCUUGAUGUUAGGGUGAGGGGUAAGUCGAAAAUCUGGUCGAAUGACAUGUCGAUUCCUCCUAUCGCGGAAGUAAUCAGCAAAGAGAAGGUUACUGAAAAGACAAGAAAGAAGAAAGUUGUUGCUCCAAGUGAUGAUGUUUCUGAUACGGAAUACUUUAAGAGUAGGGUAAAGAAAAACCUGUCCGAUUCAGACAGUGAUAGUGAUGAACAUGAUGAUGCUGAUAUUUCGGGGAAUGAAGAUGGAUCAAGAAUUGAAAAUCUUGUUGUACUUCUUGCUUUGGGAGAAGCAAAAGUGAUUGCAGAGACCAAAAAUGCACUUGCUAAAGCUGGAGUAAGUGUCACUUCUUUGGAAAAUUUUGCUACAGGGAAAGACAAAGAAGAGAAGAUCCGAAGCAAACAUAUUCUCUUAGUGAAGAAUUUGUCAUUUGCUACUUCUGAAAAGGAACUGGCUCAAAUGUUUGGAAAAUUUGGAAACCUAGACAAAAUUAUUCUCCCUCUGGCAAAGGCGAUGGCCUUGGUUGUUUUCCUUGAACCGACCGAGGCACGUGCCAGCUAUGACGAGAAUGGCAUACAAGCGUUACUUUGGGCUCCUGAAGAUAUUCUUGUGCCUAAAACACUUUCCGAUAACAAGGAAAAGAAGAGUGAUGUUGGAGAAAAUGUUGUGAGAAGAGCCAACCUUGAGCAGCAGUUUGAAAUGGAUCUUGAUAUAACUGAGUCAAAUGUUCUUCAUAUUAAGAAUCUGAGCAUCAAGACAGGUGAUGAGAGUUUGAAGAAGCAUUUGACAGAACCGAUGAAGCACGGAAAGAUUCUGAGUGUCAAGGUAAGUUCUUGUUCAUUGCUAACCACAUAA